UUUUGAGUCCGGGCAGCCGGGAGCCAGGCAGCGACCUCGUACCUGGCGCCCAUUUCUGUUAGAAGCUGCGCGUCCAGGGGCCCGUAUGCCUGCAGUGGGUGCUUUGCCCGAAUCCAACAUGGUCGCCUGGAGCCUCUUGUACGGUCAGGUGAUCUGAGGCGGUCACCUGCGCCCUGUGGGAGGCGGCCACGUGGCUGACGGGCUGUAGCUGGACCUCUGCUCCCAUCCAGUGCAUUGUGGACAGUGCUUUGAGUAGAAAUCAAGGUUACGUAGUGAAUGAAGUUUUGAUCUCUGAUAAUAGACGAUAUGUGGAUUUCAUGUCCAGCAUGGCUGAGAAGAGGAGCUCAAGUGGACAAUCACUCCUGCUGUUGCUGAUCAUUGCUGUGGCCUUUGCAUAUUUAACUGUCUGUCCAUUUACAAAAGUGGAGGAGAGCUUCAACCUCCAAGCCAUCCAUGACAUUGUGUACCACAGACUGGACUUGGAGAAGUACGACCAUCAUGAGUUUCCUGGAGUUGUCCCAAGAACGUUUCUUGGACCAGUCUUUAUUGCUGCGCUUUCCAGCCCAGCUAUAUUCGUGCUGUCUAGGUUGCAAAUGUCCAAGUUUUACUCACAACUGAUAGUCCGAGGAAGUCUGGGGCUUAGUGUGAUUUAUGCACUAUGGAAGUUAAAGAAAGAAGUCAGAAAGCAGUUUGGAUCAACUGUAUCGACGAUCUUCUGUCUAAUAACUGUUACUCAGUUUCAUCUAAUGUUUUAUUGCACUCGAACACUUCCCAAUAUGUUUGCACUUCCUGUUGUUCUCUUGGCACUUACAUCUUGGAUACAGCAAAAGCACGGACCAUUUAUUUGGUUCUCAGCACUGGCAAUUAUUGUCUUCAGAUCAGAGCUCUGUAUCUUCUUGGGCCUCAUGCUUCUGGUGACAUUAUUAAGUAAAAGAAUCUCCAUUUUAAAGAUGCUUUCCCAUGCUGUUGCUGCUGGCGUUGUUUGGUUGGGACUAACAGUUGCUGUGGACUCCGUAUUUUGGAGGCAGCUUCUAUGGCCGGAGGGGAAAGUCCUUUGGUAUAAUACAGUUUUAAAUAAAAGUUCAAACUGGGGAACUUCUCCCUUCUUGUGGUAUUUCUAUUCAGCCCUGCCUCGUGCUUUGGGAUGCAGCAUUAUAUUUGUGCCUCUAGGUGCAGCAGACAAAAGGACUCGGGUAUUAAUUCUGCCAACGCUGGGUUUUAUUUUUUUGUAUUCUUUUCUCCCACAUAAAGAGCUGCGGUUUAUCAUAUACACUUUCCCCGUCUUCAACAUAGUGGCUGCCAAAGGUUGCACACGAAUUUUGCAUAACUACAAAAAAUCCUGGCUAUAUAAACUCGGAUCGCUGUUGGUUAUGACACAUCUCCUAAUUAAUGCUGCUUAUUCAGGAACAUCAUUAUAUAUUUCACAUUUCAACUACCCUGGAGGAGUUGCAAUACAGAAAUUACAUGAGUUGGUGCCUUCAACAGCAGAUGUCUCUGUCCAUAUUGAUGUGGCUGCUGCACAGACUGGAGUUUCUCGAUUUUUGGAAGUCAACUCGAAUUGGAGGUAUGACAAAAGGGAAGAUGUUAAACCUGGGGACCAGAUGAUGAUGUCUUAUACACACAUUCUAAUGGAAAUGGAUCCCAUCCAAGUAUCUCAUUACAAGAUGACCCAUCGGCCACUUGCACAUAUAUCAGGCAUCAACAGAAUUGGGUUGAACCUUACCACACUACCUCCUUUUACUUUAAGCUUAAAAACAAAAUUAAUACUGUUGGAAAAGCUUACUCGCUCUUCUUGACCAUAAGGAAGUUUUCUGACAUAACUUCACUGAUGACUUGAUAAUCUCCAAAAUAAUUGCAAUUUGCCUAACAAUGCAGUUCAGCAGCUAUGGAAAAAAUACAAUCUUUGUACUGAUUAACUUAUUUACGUAUACAGCUGUUUCUUACAUAAAUUACAGAAAGCUUUCCAAUGUUAUGUAAAUCCAAUCCACAUCAUGAUUGAACCGUAUAUUGUAUGUAUCUUCUUUGAAACAUUUUCAAGGUCAGCAUUAUUAAAUAAUUUGAUUUUUUUUGGCCUGUUUACCAAUGCAAUAUAUACAUGUUUUUAAAUGCCUGGUAUGAAAAAUAUAAUGGAGCAGGUGUAUGCUAUUCUGUGGUAUUUAAUCCUUGGGCAUUACAGAUGUACUGCUUGAUGGUUCUACUGUAUAAAUUGUGAUUUUUUUUCCCACUAAAUUGCUAUGUGAAACUUUAAUAAUCUCAUUUUGUAUCAUAGCAAAGCCACAUUCAUUGUAGCUUUGUCACUAUAUAUAAUUGUGCUUUGUAAGCUGUUAAAUAAUUAAAGUUACAAGAACCCA